AUGAUCGGCCACAAUGUGCCCAAAUCUACUGAUCCGGUGCCAAUUUUGCAGGACUUAACAAAAUGGCUACAAACAAAAUUCAUAACAAUUGAAAAUUAUGAAGCUGGUGCUUAUCUUAGAAAUCGUCCAACCCUAUCUCAGUACAAAGAUGAUCGAUUACUUUAUCUGGCAAAAGCAAGGAGGAGUUUGAUAACUGAGCUCUUUUAUUUUUAUUGCACAUACACAAUCAUAAGGCUUAACCUUACUAGAAGUAAUGUUAUCAUUGAAAGAUAUUCGAGGACAGACCUGCUUGAAAUGGAAAAGAAAAAGUACGUGGUUCCUAGAGAUAUAUCUGUUGGCCAGUUUAUCCAUAUUUUAAGCAGCCGGCUUCAACUGACUCCUGGGAAAGCGCUUUUUGUAUUUGUGAAGAACACACUACCUCAAACAGCAAGUCGUAUGGAUUCCAUUUACGAAAGUUACAAGGAAGAUGAUGGAUUUCUGUAUAUGUGUUACAGCAGCGAGAAAACCUUUGGCUAAUCAUUUCUAAUUAUCUAAUAAUAGUACAUACUUGUAAGUAUUUAUCAUUCUCACUUGUUCUGAACACAGACGCCUGUGUGGCCCUGUAAUUUCAUGUUCCUUGUAUAUUUUAAUUUCUUCUCUUUUCUGUAAAGUUCAUAACCUGUAAUAAUAAUGCUAUAUUAUCUUUCCCAUUACUCAAUUAAUACAUCCAUCACAUUGGUGGCUUUCACAAGAAAACUUGUGAUCAUUCUUUGUGCUUUUCACCGCG